CAAUGAGGCUCGAUCUUCUUCUCCUGCACUUGCGUUUUGUUCCCUAGUCGGCUUGAUGCUUAGACCCCGCCCAAAUCCCAUAGCAUAUUUGUUUCCAACAUGAUCAUGAUGGCAGACGUUCCUCUUUCACAGUGCUUAAGAUCUUACCAAUCGAAUUUUUAAACCCGAAACGUCGAUUGAUCUCGACCUCUCGCCCGACACUAAUCAUUCCUCUUCGGCCGAACACGAGGAUAAUCACCAAGAACUGAUUUACAGAGUAGGGAAAGCGAACAUGCAACCCAGAGUCGAGCUCACACGUAUGCCUCAACAGACUGCAGUGAGAUGUGCAGACGACGAUUGGACUGGAACAGUUGAUUCAGCAACGAGAAGGAAGUUACAGAACCGUUUGAAUCAGAGGAUAUACCGUGAGUUCUAUCGCUGCGUAUGGUCAGUGUGAAGAUAUACUAGAGUGACAGUCGCUAACUUAUUCACUUUGUGCCUCCUGCCAGGCCAAAGACAUCGAGCCACUUCGGAAUCUCUUGCGAAUGCCGGUAACGAAUUCAUGAGUGAGACCUUCCAAGGGCGUUCAGUCAUCAGAAACCCCAUAAAUACAUGUGCGACGGAGCCAUUAUCGAUAACGAAUCCGAACGAGAACCAUCUCAAUCAUUUCGCACAACCCAACAUCACCGCAUCUAGUUCAUCAGCAGGUGUAGACGUAAAACAAUGGACGACAGGUCGUGUCUCGGGACGACAAGGCUUUGCUCAACUCCGCCUUACGAUGGCUGAAUUUGAAGAAGAAGCUCGUAAAAAUUAUUACAUGGGCUCUCCGCGAUCAGAUCAACUUCUCACCCUUAUUCAAUUUAAUGUUCUCCGAGCAUUGAUGCAAAACACACAGACAAUGGGUUGGGAUUUGGAUUGGCUGGACUGCACGGUUGACCCUCUAUCACCAUGGCUUAAUCUUUCUUCACAACCUGUCCCAGGAGCGCAUUGUCCUCAAGCAUUAUGUCCAACACCAACUCAGCGCACAGUUCCGCAUCAUCCAUGGAUAGACCUUUGGCCAAUCCCACAAAUGCGUGAUACUUUAUUGCUGCAUGAUGGAAAUUAUGAUGAAGAUAAAUUGUGCAAUGAUCUGCUCGAGUUUGGAGGCCUCAUGAACGAACAAACGGGCCUUAUUGUUUGGGGUGAGCCGUGGGAUAUAUGGGGAUGGGAGGUCAGUGAGACAUUCUUGAGGAAUUGGGGAUGGACAGUCAAGGGGUGUGAAGAUUUAUUGGCUUCGACAAAUGCUUGGAGGGCGAAAAGAGGAGAGGAAGCUAUUGUUUUCGAGGUCUAAAUAGACAAACAACCCAUGAGACGAAAAUGUAGGAUGGGAAACUGAAUUCCGAGUAUCUCAAUACUUGGUUUCAAAGGUUAUAUCCAACUGGGGUUGUCCGCGGUCAACCCACGCAUGCCGGACUAUUUUCAACACCGUCAAAAACAGAAAAUACAUCGAAUGGCAUAGCAGAUGUACGGCCUGCGAACGACGGGACGAAUGUUCUCAAUAGGGACGGCUGAAAUGCAUAUUUAGCGCAUCGCAGUAUGCAUCUUCAAAUGGUUAUCUCGGACAGCAAUCAGCUAGAAGACAAGCUAUGCGAAAAUACCUGCCGAGAAGAUGAACGGAAGCGAUGUUUCCCAAUUAGUGGAAAAGACUAUGUCGCGACAAUUGCAGUUGUGGGAUUAUUUUCAUUCCAUCUGUUUGAUCCAUGCCGAGACAUUUGUUCUUAAAUACUCUUCCGUUUCCGAAAUUCGGAUAGUUCGACUGGAUUUGAGAAUGUCUUCCAAGUUUCAUGCUGAGAUUUUUCGCGUACGUUCAGUAAGGAAUAUUAACCAAUCAGAUUUUCUCAUUCGAGGAUAUCGCCAAGGUGACAAUAGUACUUCCAAGUUCUAUCGCCUCAUAACGACUUGGGGGAGUAUCAAACUGUUGGAGAUGUCCGUAGGACUAUGAGAUGAAACACACGAUUAAUCAACAUCCUCUCCUGGCAUCCGCUAAGUGGGUUUUGCGAUAGGAGAGGCAAGAAUGAUGCGGCCAAAAUAACAAAUUUACGUAGAAAAGCUCACAUACAGGCUGACCGAGAGAAGUCCUUCUUUGUUCAUUUGACCGAAUAUAGUAGAUCGAUCUGAUUAAGUAAGACUGGUCUUUCAAU